CUGAUACAACUUCCCUUUAGCGGUGGGAGAAAGGAAAGUGCAAAGCAUCUCACCCUCGGUGUUUCUCCAUAAUUCAAUCUUUAGUUAUUCUUUCUCUCUCUUUCUCUCUCCAAUCUGCAGUCAGUCUACAGACGUGAAGAAGAAUGGUUAUGAUCAGAGUUCGUAGCCGUGAUGGUGUGGAAAGGGUUUCAAUAGACAACCCAAACAUAACAAUCGGUGAACUGAAAACCCUAAUAGAGUCUGAGCUUCAUGUUCCAGUACCAAAUCAAACUCUUUCACUUCACCAAAACCUGUUGUUGGCGAAAAGCCCUUCCGAUAGAUCCCAAUUCACCGACUUAUCAAACCCGGAAAUUCGAAUUUCAUCUCUGAAAAUCGGGCACGGGUCCUUAGUCUAUCUCUCCUACGAUGGUGAACGUGAUAUCGUUACGUCGUCUCCCCGCCCCACUAUCACCCCUGCAGGCUCCUUCGGAAGGAAGAUGACAAUGGAUGACUUGAUUGCCAAACAGAUGCGUGUCACUCGCCAGGAGAACCCGCAUUGCGAGCUCGUCUCCUUCGAUAGGGAUGCCGCUAACGCCUUCCAGCGCUACGUCAAUGACACUCUGGCUUUUGCUGUGAAAAGGGGUGGCUUUAUGUAUGGGACUGUCUCCGAGGAGGGGAAGGUGGAGGUUGAUUUUAUCUACGAGCCGCCGCAGUUGGGGCAGGAGGAGAACUUGGUGCUUAUGAGGGAUGCUGAAGAGGAGAAGCGCGUUGAUGCUAUUGCUAUGGGUUUGGGGAUGAGGAGAGUUGGCUUCAUAUUUACUCAAGCUGUUGGUCAAAAUCAGAAGGAUUAUACUAUGUCGUAUCUCGAGGUUGCGCAGGCUGUCGAAUUGCACGCUGAGAGUGGUUUGGACCAGUGGGUCACUGCGUUGGUCAAGUUGCAAGUUAAUGAUGAUGGUGUGGCUGAUGUGCAUUUUGAGGCCUUUCAGAUGAGUGACAUGUGUGUUCGCCUUUUUAAGGAGGAUUGGUUCGAUUUUCAGGCUGCCAAAGACCUUGAUCCUAAGGUGUCCCGAAUGAAGAAGGAUGUAGUUGUUGGUGGAAAGGAUGUUCAAGAAGUGGAUAAUGAUUUCUUUUUGGUUGUGGUCAAGAUCUUCGAUCAUCAGGGCCCGCUUUCAUCGACAUUCCCAAUAGAGAAUAGGAAUUUUCCAGUUACGACAAAGGCUGUGAAGACUCACCUUGAGCGAACUAAGUCUCUUUCAUUUGUGAAGAGAAUUUCUGAUUUUCAUUUGCUGCUCACCUUGGCCAGGUUUCUGGAUUUAAAUGCUGAUGUUCCAGCAUUAACUGCGUGUGUGCUCUCACAGACAGCUGUACCAGAAGGAUACCAGUUGUUGAUAGAGUCCAUUGCGAAUGCUGGUGUAUGAUUAUCUUAGCAACUUAAAGAAUUGUAUUCAUUCCAUGGCACAAAUGAUGUGCUGUUCGAUGAUGGUUGAUGCUAUUUUACUUGCAUGAGGCUUUUUGAGGCUGGCAAGCCUUGCAUGAUACAGAUUAGGAAAUCAGUGGUUAAAGCAGCAACUAUAUAGCCAAAUAUGUGCCCAGAUUGACCAUGAUCCCUGCUGCACUGAUGUGUCCGUCAUCUUGCAGACAGUGCAGUGUGCAGUGUUUAUAACAUUAUGAAUAGGAGGAUCAGGCAAGGUCAAAUUAAAACACGGAAUAAUGUUGCUUCGAAAGUUUGAUUUUAUUGUGAUAUUAAUGUAUAAACUAUAUUGUGUCGUGUUUUUACGCUGAUGUUUUCACCUAA